AUGCUCCCUCUCCUCCUCCUCCUCGCCUGGCUCCUCUCUAGCACCCAAACACACGUCGCCACCGUCGUAGGAGACACACACAACAUCACCAAAGGCGCGACGAUCACGAAAGCCGACUGCCCCAGCAAGUGCGGCAACCUGACCGUCCCCUACCCUUUCGGCAUCGGCAUCAACUCCGGCUGCGGCCUCAACAGAGACUUCGAGCUCAACUGCACCACCGCCUUCGGCGCCCCUCAGCUCCUCUACGGCAACAUCCGCUUCUUCGACAUCUCCGACGACCGCUGCCGCAUCUCCAACGUGGUCGCCCGCAAAUGCUAUGACAAAACGGGAGCACCAACUCAAGAAAACAGCGCCUCCUCCGACAUCACGGAGACGCCCCUGAGCUACUCCCCGCUCAACAAGUUCACCGUGAUCGGGUGCGACGACUUCGCCCUGGUGGACGGGGGAGGCAGCCGCAACUUCACCAGCGGCUGCAUCACGCUGUGCUCGAGGGAGGAGGACGUGAUCGGGGGCUCGUGCUCGGGGAUCGGGUGCUGCCAGACGUCGCUGCCCAAGGGGCUUCAGUACUACGAGACGCGUCUCUCCAGCUUGAGCAACCACACUAAUAUCUCUGAUUUCGGGCAAUGCAGCUACGCCUUCUUCGGGGAGGAGAACCGCUUCGAGUUUCGCGGCGCGCCGGACCUUUCCGAUCCCAAUUUCAUGCAGCGGGUCAAGGAUACGGUCCCCAUCGUCUUAGAUUGGGCCAUUUGGAAUAGCACGUGCGACCGAGCUGCGGCGGCAGCUGACUACGCUUGCAAGGCUAAUAGUGUUUGCGUUGAUUCCACCACCGGCUUGGGAGGCUACCGUUGCCGGUGUGAUUCCGGCUAUGAAGGAAACCCCUAUUUGGAUCCAGGCUGCAUAGAUAUUGAUGAAUGCGCAAUGGGGCUCGACGAUUGUGUUAAAAAAGGCUGCUUGAACAAACCGGGGGGUUACGAUUGUUUUUGUCCUAAAGGAGAUAGUGGGGAUGGCCGAAAGAAUGGUAAAGGUUGCAUUGGUAAUAGCUCAUCAAAUCGAAGCAUCAAAGUUGUCUUAGGUGCCGGAUUGAGUUUCUUAGCCGUAAUUAUUGUCGCAACAUUGAUAUAUUUCAGCCUAAAAAAAAGAAAAUUGAUAAAACUAAGAGAGAAAUUCUUCCAACAAAACGGCGGUAUGCUUCUGAAACAGCAAUUCUCAUCCACCGAAGAAGGUAACUCCAUGGAAUCGACAAAGAUAUUCACGGCGGAGCAGCUCGAGAAAGCCACCAACAACUACGCCGACGACCGGAUCCUAGGCCGAGGAGGCUAUGGCACGGUCUACAAAGGCAUAAUGCCCAACAACACCAUCGUCGCGAUAAAAAAGUCGAGAGUGAUGGACGCUAGCCAAAUCGAGCAGUUCAUCAACGAAGUCGUGAUACUGACGCAGAUCAAUCACAGGAAUGUGGUCAAACUGUUGGGAUGUUGUUUGGAGGCUGAGGUGCCACUGUUGGUCUAUGAGUAUGUCUCCCACGGCACGCUCUACGAGCACAUCAACAAGGCCGGGGCAGCCUGGCUGUCCUGGGAGAGCCGCCUGAGGAUCGCGUCAGAGGCCGCAGGCGCCCUGUCGUACCUCCACUCGGCGGCCAACAUCCCAAUCAUCCAUAGGGAUGUCAAGUCCGCCAACAUCUUGCUUGAUGAGCAUUUCACUGCCAAGAUCUCGGAUUUCGGGGCCUCAAGGCUUAUUUCCCUGGACCAAACAGAAGUGACAACACUGGUCCAGGGAACUUUGGGCUACCUGGAUCCUGAGUAUUUCCACUCAAGCCAGCUAACAGAAAAGAGCGAUGUUUAUAGUUUUGGAGUCGUUUUGGCAGAGCUGAUGACGGGGAAGAAGCCCAUCGACAUGGAGAGGAGCCUCGAGACGCGCAAUUUAACAACGUAUUUCUGCAUGUCGGUAAAGGAGAACAAAUUGUUCCCGAUACUGGAGCCGAGAGUGGUGAGGGAGGGAUCGUUGGAGCAGCUGCAGGCGAUGGCGCAACUGGUGAAGCGGUGCCUGAACUUGAACGGCGAAGACAGGCCGACGAUGAAGGAGGUGGCAAUGGAGCUCGAAGGAUUGAGGAAGUUCAACAAACAUCCAUGGGCGAAUCAAGGUGCAGACGAGGAGGAAUCGGUCGGGUUGAUGAAUCAGAACGACGUCGCAGUGGCUGCCGAUCUCUACAGUGUUCGGAUUGAAUCUGGGGGAGAUCUCUACACUGCGCCGAUCAGCUCUGGGGAUUUAACCGGCCAAUACAGUUUGAACAGUGAUCAGAGUCCCAACAUUUUCCCUCACAUGAAGAAUAAUCCUCGUUGACCAAAUGCUUUUGGUUCGUCAAUGCAUAUUCAAACUCCACAUUAGUACGAUAUCAUGCAUUUUUUAAUUCUGCAAUUUGGGAUGAUUUGAAGCCCAACAGAAUCAAUGCAAGAUUGUUGGAUAAAUUACAAUAUAAAACACACAUCUUCAA